AUGGCUAUGAACAAAUCAGGGGUUGCAGUUUUGAGGGCGAGUUUGGUAAUUGUAGCUCUUUGCAUAGCAGGUUACAUACUAUGUCCUCCUCUCUAUUGGCAUUUCAAAGAAGGUUUAGCUGCUGUCAAACAUUCUUCUUCUUCUUCUUCUUCCAAUUGUGCCCCUUGUCUCUGUGAUUGUUCUCCACAACCCACUUUUUCAAUUCCUCAAGGGCUGAGCAACAUUUCAUUUGGAGAUUGUGCAAAGCCUGAUCCAGAAGUAAGUGGAGACACCGAAAAGAAUUUUGCCGAGCUAUUAUCGGAGGAACUAAAGCUACGCGAGACCGAUGCUUUGGAAAAUCAGCGACGCGCUGACAUGGCUCUCCUUGAGUCAAAGAAGAUCGCGUCUCAGUAUCAGAAAGAAGCAGACAAGUGUAAUUCUGGCAUGGAAACGUGCGAGCAGGCGAGGGAGAAAGCUGAGUUAGCAUUAGUUGCUCAGAAGAAACUAACUGCGUUGUGGGAGCUUCGAGCUCGCCAGAAAGGAUGGAAAGAAGGAGUUGCCAAAUCCAAUGCGCAGUCUCAGGGAAAAGUACAAACUUCUUAG